AUGCGGCGCAAGCUCGCCCAGUUCGAGGGCGCCGGCGACGACCUCGUCGGCGAGCCGCACCGCGCACAGCGCGGCGAGUCGCACUUUGUCAGCAUCCUCGACACCAAGACGCCGCUCCUCGCCGACAAGCGGACCGCCAACGGCGGCGGUGUGGGCUCGGGCGCCGGCGCCGGCGGCUACGGCACGCAGGGCGGCGAGGCGUCGGGCGGUCCGGCGCGAGGUGCCAAGGUCGGCGGCCCGAGGCCGUACCGGUUCUCGUUCUACUCGAACGCGCUCCCGUCGACGAUCCACGCGCGCUCGCUCGCCGAGAUCCCGGGCGAGGGCCAGUCGUUCGAGGAGCUGUUCCUCGGCAGUCGGCAGCCGCCGGGCGAGAAGCCUCGCACGGGCGUCAUGCGCAGCGACGAGGACGCAGAGGCCAACACCUGGUGGCUCGACGUCAUGUGCCCGACCGACCAGGAGAUGAAGGUCCUCAGCAAGGUGUUCGGCAUCCACCCGCUCACGACCGAGGACAUCCAGAUGGAGGAGACGCGCGAGAAGAUCGAGCUCUUCCGCAACUACUACUUCGUCUGCUUCCGGUCGUUCGAGCAAGACCCGUACUCGCCCACCUACCUCGAGCCGCUCAACAUGUACAUCAUCGUCUUCCGCGAGGGCACCUUGUCGUUCCACUUCCGCGGCACGCCCCACCCGCAGAACGUCCGCCGACGCAUCAAGCAGCUCAAGGACUACAUCAACGUCACGUCCGACUGGAUCUCGUACGCCCUCAUCGACGACAUCACCGACGCGUUCGGGCCCCUGAUCCAGAACAUCGAGUACGAGGUCGACUCGAUCGACGAGCUGGUCCUCAUCCUCAAGGAGGCCGAGCAGAGCGACAUGCUGCGGCGAAUCGGCACGUGCCGCAAGAAGGUCAUGGGCCUCCUGCGCCUCAUGGGCAACAAGGCCGACGUCGUCAAGGGUUUGUCGAAGCGCUGCAACGAGAAUUGGUCGGUCGCGCCAAAGUCGGACAUCGGCCUGUACUUGUCCGACAUCCAGGACCACAUCACGACGAGCACGCAGAACUUGACGCACUACGAGAAGAUCCUGUCACGCUCGCACUCGAACUACCUCGCCCAGAUCUCGAUCGAGAUGACCGACGCCAACAACCAGAUCAACGACGUGCUCUCCAAGCUCACGGCGCUCGGUACCGUCCUCAUCCCUAUGAACUUGGUCACCGGUUUGUGGGGCAUGAACGUGCACGUGCCCGGCGAGGGCGUCGACGGCCUGGGCUGGUUCUUUGGCAUCGUCGGCUGCCUCAUCGCGUUCGCCAUCUUUGGCGCCUUCAUGACUUGGAAGGUCUUCGUGCGGCCCAACUAG